UUCGUUUUUUUGCACAAAGUAAAAGAUAUUUCAAUUGUCAUAUACGUGAAUGCACCAGCUAUUUCAGAAUACCUGAGAAGAAUUUCAACUUGUUUCUCUCCUUUUUUUGUGUCCCACCCCUCAGUUUAUUGCAACUGCUUUCAAUUUCAUUUAUUUAUUUUUAACCAGACAAGCGACCCGCCAGCUGCCCGACAAAACGACUGCCUGUUAACUUGAACUUCCCAUGGAAAGUUUGAAUGCACAGCCAGCCUCUGCUGACGGCAUCGAUGAUCUGCGGUUUUCGCAGCUUUCGCUCAGCGGCACGGCCAACCAGCGCUACAGCGAUGACGGCGGCAGCGACAAUGAAGCCUGUUGUGCUGACGACAAAAGCCUUCCUGAGCAUGCAUGCGCCUACUGUGGCGUGCACGAAGAGAACAGCGUGACAAAGUGCCUUGGGUGCAAGCGGUGGUUUUGCAAUGCGCGCGGCAACACGUCAAGCUCACACAUUAUCUGGCACCUGGUCAAGGCGCACCACAAGGAGGUGCAGCUGCAUCCGGGCAGUCAGCUCGGCGAGACAACGCUUGAGUGCUACAACUGCGGCGCGCGCAAUGCCUUUUCUCUAGGCUUUAUUCCGGCCAAGAGCGACACAGUGGUUGUCAUCCUGUGCCGCCCCUGCGCGUCGGCUCCGUCGUCGAAGGACGUGAUGUGGGACGCUGCCCAGUGGCAGCCGCUGAUCCACGAGCGCCAGCUGAUCAAUUGGCUGGUACAGGUGCCGUCUGCGAAGGCGCAGCAGAACGCCAAGCUACUCAGCACGCAGCAGAUCCGCGAGCUUGAGGAGAUGUGGGUGCGCAGCUCCGGUGCCACGGUGGCCGACAUCGGACACAUUGAAGCCGAGAUCGAGGUCAACCGUGUGCUCUUGCGCUACGAGGACGCCUACCAGUACCAAAACAUAUUCGGGCCGCUGGUCAAGAUCGAAGCCGACUACGACAGGCGCAUGAAGGAGUCGCAGACGCAGGACAAUAUCUCGGUACGCUGGGACACCGGGCUCAACCGCCGUGAGCUGGCAUACUUCCAGCUGCCAAAGUACGAGCUGGGCGAGUUGCGGCUGGUCAUCGGCGACGAGCUCCGCCUGUCGUACGCGGGCGCCAUGCUGCGUGAGCCGUGGGAGGGCAGCGGCAACGUCAUCAAACUUCCGAACAGCACCAGCGACGAUAUUUGCAUCGAGAUGUCGACCGGCGACUCGCCGACCGAGAUCUGCGACAACUUCUCGGUCGACUUUGUGUGGAAGUCGAUCACGUUUGACCGCAUGCAGAGCGCAAUGAAGAAGUUUGCUGUAAUGGAGGCAUCGGUCAGUGAGUAUAUAUACCACAAGCUGCUCGGCCACGAGGUCAAGAAGGUCGACCUGGAGACCAAGAUGCCCCGGCAGUUCAACGCGCCCGGGCUGCCCGAGCUCAACGCGUCGCAGAUCGACGCCAUCAAGUCGGCGCUUCGCAGCCCGUUGAGCCUGAUACAGGGCCCACCCGGCACGGGAAAGACCGUCACGUCGGCGACCCUGGUCUACCACCUCGCCAGAGCCAACAACGGCAAGAUUCUCGUCUGCGCGCCCAGCAACGUAGCCGUCGACCAGCUGACCGAGAAGAUCCACCGCACAGGCCUGCGCGUGGUACGCAUCACGGCCAAGAGCCGCGAGGAGCUCGAGUCGCGCAUCUCGCAUCUUGAGCUGCACACGCAGGCGCUGAUGAACGACACGAUCCCCGAGCUGCAGAAGCUGCACAAGCUUAAGCUGGCCAUGGGUGAGCUCAGCAGCAGCGACCAGAACCGCUACCGCCGGCUGCGCACCGAGUCCGAGAUGGAGGUGCUGCGCUACGCCGAUGUCAUCCUGUGCACGUGCGCUGGAGCCGGCGACAAGCGCCUGUCAAAGUUCCAGUUCCGCACGGUGCUCAUUGACGAGAGCACGCAGGCGUCCGAGCCUGAGUGCCUGAUCCCGCUGGUCAUGGGCGCGCGCCAAGUCGUCCUCAUCGGCGACCACCAGCAGCUGGGGCCGGUCAUCAUCAGCAAAACGGCUGCGAGCGCCGGGCUCAGCCAGUCUCUGUUCGAGCGCCUGGUGUUCUUAGGGCUGCGCCCGCACCGCCUCGUCGUGCAGUACCGCAUGCACCCGUGCCUCUCGGAAUUCCCGAGCAACUUCUUUUACGAGGGGUCGCUGCAGAACGGCGUCACGGCCCAGGAGCGCACGCGCAGCGACAUUGGCUUCCCAUGGCCCAACCCAGACAAGCCGAUGAUGCUGUUGGCGUGCAACGGCGUCGAGGAGAUUGCAUCCAACGGCACGUCGUACAUCAACCGCGUCGAGGCCAGCGCCUGCGAGAAGAUCGUUACGCGCAUGCUCAAGGCCAACCUGAACCCAGAGCAGAUCGGCGUGAUCACGCCCUACGAAGGCCAGCGCAGCUGGAUCGUCCAUCACAUGGCGCAGGCCGGGCCGCUCGUCUCCGAGUCGUACAAGGAGGUCGAGGUUGCCAGCGUUGACGCGUUCCAGGGCCGCGAGAAGGACUACAUCAUCCUCAGCUGCGUGCGAAACAACGAGCACCAGGGCAUCGGCUUCCUCAGCGACCCGCGCCGCCUCAACGUCGCGCUGACCCGCGCCAAGUACGGCGUGAUUGUGCUUGGCAGCCCCAAGGUGCUGAGCCGCAACCCGCUAUGGCACGAGCUGCUGUCGUACUACAAGCUCCACGGCGUGCUGGUCGAGGGCCAGCUCAACAACCUCGUGCAGAGCGCGGCACGCCUCAGCAAGCCGCGCAUGCCCAGGGGCAGCCACCCGCUCAGCGGCCGCAGCAUGGUCAUGCAGGUCAACACUGCGCCUGGAGCCGCCAGCAGCAACCGGCUGGCGCAGCUUGUGGGCCGCAACACCAUGCGCUACAUCCCGCCCGACCUCGAGCCUGCCGGCGAGCAGGACGCGGCCCGGGGCGCGCAGGGCGCGGGGCCAGGCGGCUACGCACAAGGCACCUCGCUGUACAGUAACUUCUUUGGCGGCUCCGGCGCGUCAUCGUCGAUGCUCACCCAGGCGUCGUACGCCGACCCGUUGGCGAGCCAGUUCUUUUCGCAGGACUUCGACAUGCAGACGCAGCAGUUCACGCAGCAAGACACAGUGCUCCUGCCCGCCGCCGGCCCCAGGGCCACGCCAGGCUUGCCAGUGCCGUCAGCAUCCUCUCCUCGCGGCGGCGCGUUUGGCGACGGAUACAUGCCGAGCGACCUAUCGCCCGGAGACAGCCGUAACAUGUUCAACCCGCGGAUGCACGCGUCCAUCAUGUUCAGCAAGAGCGACCGCGUCAUGAUUUCCAACGAGCAGAUGGCAUCUGGUGCGCCGCCAGCAUCGGCAGCAACCGCAGUGGACCCUCGCAAGACGCUGCCAAAGGAUGCUGCGGCCGCAGCCAAGCUCCAGCAUCAGCACCAGCCCUAUGGCGAAAGUGAGUUCUUGCACACACAGCCAUUCUCGCAGAACUUCUUGACGCAAGAGUCGAUGUUUGGCGGCUACCGUGGAGGCGCAAUGGAUGACCUGGCUGGCAGCUCGCAAUUCACCAGCGCCGGGGCAUCGCAGUUUACGCAGGACUUUGGCACGCAGAGCUUUACGCAGAACUUUACGCAGUACUAGGCGGCGAUGGCGCCACUGCGCACAUCCUCGCCUUAAUGUGCAGUGUGUGCAGUGUGUGCAGUGUGUGCAGUGUGUGCAGUGUGUGCAGUGUGUGCAGUGUGUGCAGUGUGUGCAGUAUGUCCAGUGCUGCCCAGGCGACUGGCACAUUGUCAUAUUGCCGUUUUAUUAAUGCGGAGUGCAAUAUGCACAUGACAUUUUACCCAGUUCGCCUUUGUUUCGGCCGUCUCCUUUGCCGCCUAUUGCGCGUACAUCCCCCGCCUAUCUCAAUCUCCGUGCUGGGCGCCGCGCGCGCGUGCAGCCCAGCUGACACUGUGAGUUGCGAGUUGAGAAUUGCAACUCACGGCUUGCAAUUUGAAACUGAUAUCGAUAUGAAUGUUUUUCCGAUGUCGUACUUGUUUCAACUCCGCUCAUAGCCUUGGUC